AUGGAAUUGGAUCUUGAUAGCAGUUCUUCAAUUGAAGUUUCCAGACUUUGUUUCAAGGAUGCACUUCAUUUGGCCGUUGGUUUGAGCAAUGGAUAUAUUCUUCUCUAUGAUAUCCGGUCAUCACAACCUUAUCUUACCAAAACUCAUAAUUUUGGAUUGCCAAUAACUCGUUUAGAAUUUGCCUCAAAUCAAGAGGUUGUUUUGAGUAUGGAUGGACGUGCUUCAAAAAUAUGGAAUGAACACAAUGGACAACCUUUUACAAGUAUAGAACCAGGAUCUGACCUCAAUGAUUUUACUCAUUACCAAAAUUCUGGUUUUUAA